AUCUCACGUCAGUGUUCGGAAACUGGAGUCAGGAUUAGCGUUCUUACUUGUAUGACUGUAACCUUGGGACUUGGAAAUAAACACAUUAUUUCCAAGAGAUACUUGUAAUUUAAUUAAGUAAGCAGCAGUGCCGUAACUAGGCGUAAUCAACUUCGAGAAUGGACGUAUUCCUCAUGAUCAGGCGAAAGAAAACGACUAUUUUUACAGACGCGAAAGACAACACUACCGUUCUUGAAUUAAAAAAGAUCAUAGAAGGUAUACUGAAGAUUGCUCCGGCGAAUCAACAACUCUACAGCAAAGACAAUGUCAUCAUGUCCGAUAACAAAUUUUUGUCGGAUUACGGAAUGACGUCGGCAGUGGCAAAAGCACAAUGCCCUGCUCUGGUUGCUUUAGCCCUACGCCAAGAAGGGGGUCAGUUUGAACCUCUGGAAAUGACACCUUACUCGUUACCACCUGAUCUCCCUGAUGUAAUGAAAUCCCAGGAAGCCAACGGCAAAGAACAAACUCCGUGAAACUCGCCAAUUUGUCCUCAACUAACCAACGAUUGAGUAUAUUGAUAAAUUCAUUAGCGAUGUUUUCUAGGAUUAUCACAGGCAUUGGAGAGAGUUCACUCUGGAGCUGGCUGUAACUGUUGACUGUAAUUAUUAUGUCCUUGUGAUCAAUAGAUAUUUUUUCAUUGUUUACUAGAUUUUCAGUAUUCUAAAGUUUUCAGCCUGAUGAUAACUGAUAGUGAGUACUAAACAAUCGGAUGAUUUGAUAAAGAGUCUGUAUUUUCAUUUCUGAACUAGGUAUGUCCUUUAUUCUCAUGAUUCAUCGUACUAAGAAACAAUCGAAAGAGUUAUUCUGAGUUCUCAGUAUAAGAUCUUUGAUCUUACGUGAGUAAUCAUGUGCUGCCGAAAUAAAUUUUCUAUGCCUAUUCUUCAUUUGUGAUUUCAAGCUUUCCACCAUGGAAUUUUUUACCUCAUUUCAUAAUGUUCUAAUUCCAAUAGAACCGCCUUCUUCCAGAGCAAUGGAAUAUUACAGACUAGUUUCAUCGGCUUCUUCAGCAAAUUAAUUGUUACUCGAGAUAUUCAAAGUAUAUUUAAACUAUUUGAUUUUGAAUGUUCCCUAAUCUUAAAAACUUGCUAAGUCAAUUUCUCAUCUUUUCAAGGUUUAUCAUUAAUAUGUAUUUAAAUAUAAAUAAUUAUGAAUACGAAACACUGGUCGUGCAGACGUAUAUGCAGGGCAUAUGCUGUUUUAUCGCCCUAAUCUCACUCUCCUUUGCCUGUGAAGGGUGCUGAGUAACUACAUUAUACAAAACUAAUAAUUACUACUAAUCUUGACUUCCAUUGCGAAGACAUUGAAGAAGUAGGAAACAGAUUUAAAAAAAUUCAUUUAUUAUUUUUCAUUCCCUUUCAUAAAUGAUCAUGCAAUCAUACAAAGGAACUUGAUACCUUUGGGAAUACUUGAAACCGCAAGAUUUGUGAAGGUACGGUAAUUAAUCUGUACCAUAAUGGAGAGAGGAUAGUUGUAUCAUCAUCUUUGAUUUUUUUUGUCUAUUAAAUGCAUUAGCACAUGUAAAAUUCAUCCACAAAUUUGAAUUUAAAUUUGUUACUCACACAGUACAAAUGUUACACUUUUUUCGAUUCAAUCCAGAGUAUAACACACCAAGUCCAGCAGAUAAAUAAAUUUCCUACACCCGCUAAUGCACGCCUAGUAAAUAAUGAUAAAAAGAUGUACUGUUUUAUAAAAUUAAAUAUUAGUUAUAUUCAGUUGUAUUUUGAUUGAUAUGAUCAUUUGGCACGAUCUUGUUGACAACUUCGUUAAUUAUCGCGUACUACCAUAAUUCAUGUCUCGAUUUUUUUUUUUUCAAAUCUCAAUGAUUAAUUAUGUGAUAUUUUGAAAUUUAAUAUGAAAUCUUCGUAAUAUUCUGUUCUGUUAUAAACUCCUAAUAUUUUUAAUUUAUGAAAAAAUAAAUGGUAUGGUUAGCAUAAGUUAGUUUUAUCUCUUGUAGCUUAUUAUUAUAGUAUAUACAUAACCCCAUCUUAAGCAAUGUAAGCACUGUCUAGGAAGCUUAAAGUUUUUCAUGUUUGAUAAAUCGUACCGCUACUCGGUAUGGAGUCGCAAAUGUUUUUUGUACAUACGUAUACGUAAUACCUGAUAAAUGCUACUCGAUACAACAACGGCGCGAAAAGUGAAAUUUCGGAUUCCGAAAUAGAAUACAACUGAUAUUUGAACACAA